ACAUGCAAGAUGCUAUCUCCAAACCUUAGUGAAUUCUUCAGUAGAACCAGCUAGCUAGAGCUUUGUUAUUGAAAAUUCUUCUGCAACAUCUUUCUUAUUUCCAAGAAAUUUGGAGCCAUAUAUGACAGAGUCACUUUGCCCCCUCAAGAAGCAAUACUACGUCGUUGACGCGUUUCCUCCAUAAAUUAAUAAGCGGUUCCGCUUUUGUUGACCCUUUCUCUAGAAGCUAGCAGCUGAGCACUACUUUUUAAUCCUUAAAACUCAGUUACAUAUAUCCUUGCAUCACCAGCAUACCUCAUAUCAUAUGAAAAAUCCAUCGAAUACAAAGCCAUACAACAUUAUCAAAGUUCUUAUCUUUGUGUAUACAUAGAAAAGAUGGUAGUAACAAACACUAGCUUAUUCAUUAGAAUUCUCGAUUGGGUCGUUGAAAUACACAGUUUCUUCUCAAAGUUGGUUGCGAAUAUCUUCACUAGAUGGAAGUUUCGGACCAAGUUGGCAAUGAGUGAGAAGUUAUUAGAGGAUGAAAAACUAAGCGAAUCGGACUUGAAGAAGGUGAUGGAUGAACUAGGAGUAGCUUAUAACCCAGAUAGUGAUAUUAUUGAUCAAGAGAGAAUUGGUGCACAUGAACUCUCACAACUGUUUGAUGAGGAGCAGCCUAGCUUGGAGGAAGUGAAGGAAGCCUUUGAAGUGUUUGAUGAAAACAAAGAUGGAUUCAUUGGUGCAACAGAGUUGUUAAGAGUUUUAUGCAGUUUGGGCCUUAAAGAAGGGUCAGAAGUAGAGGAGUGCACAAAGAUGAUAAGAGCAGUAGAUGAGAAUGGAGAUGGAUUGAUUGAUUUUAACGAGUUUGUGAAGUUUAUGGAGAAUUGUUUUUGCUAAAUGCUAGUUAGCUCUUUUGUCAUCUGCAUGUACUGCUGCUUAUUAUUACUCUUUUUUCAAAUAAAUCGUGUCAUGGUUAUUAUUUCUCUUUUUUUUCUUUUUCUUUUUUUAUUGCAGCCUUGCAAUAACACUUUUUAGAAUGUGUUAAACUACUUCAAAAUUGUGAUUUCAAGUAUAAUUUCAAUUACUUUUUAGAGUAUAUGUAAAACUGUACGUAUAAAACAGUUUGUGUAACAGUACUAUUUUAGAAUAGACAUAUUUUAGUGUGUGGUAGUGUGCCAAUUAAUUGCCAUUCUCUUGGUCUUUAGUCUAAGAUUUCAACUAUAUUCUUAUCUUCUUAUGUAAGUUUUCAAUAUUGUAUGUUUGUUUUAGAGUGUAUGUAAAACUAUACGUAUAAAAUAGUUUGUAUAACACUACUAUUUUAGAAUA